GCGACCUCUUGUUUUGCCACUUUAUCCGCCAGCGGUAGACGGGGCGGACCAUUGUCAGAGGACCCACAAGAGAUCACUGUGUGGUCACGUGUUGAUUCUUUUUACUUUCGAAUAGCGCCACCUAGCAAGACACAUUCAUCAUGGCGGCGAAUAAAGUUAACAAACAGGGGGGCCCAAGGGCUGAAAGCUACCGCUAUGCAGUCACUCCCUCUGGAGAUGAAAAGAAAAAGAAGAAGAAGAAGGGAGAGGAGAAGCUGGAUGAGCUCAAGCAGGAGUUGGAUAUGGAUGAGCACAAAAUUCCAAUUGAAGAGUUGUACGAGAGAAACGGAGCCGAUCCAAACAAUGGUCAUACGCCAGAAAGAGCCAAAGAAAUCUUAGCACGAGAUGGGCCGAAUAUGUUAACUCCGCCGAAAACGACGCCUGAAUGGGUGAAGUUUUGUAAAGUAUUGUUCACUGGGUUCUCUCUCCUACUGUGGAUUGGUGCCAUUUUGUGUUACAUUGCCUAUUCCAUCCAAGCAAGUCAAACAGAGGAUCCUCCAGGCGAUAAUUUAUACCUUGGCAUUGUCUUAACUGCUGUCGUCGUUGUAACUGGUUGUUUCUCAUACUACCAAGAGGCAAAAAGCUCACGUAUCAUGGACUCGUUCAAGAACAUGGUUCCUCAGUAUGCUAUUGUUGUACGUGGUGGUCAAAAGCUUAGCAUUCGUGCUGAGGAGCUUGUUCUAGGAGAUAUUGUAGAGGUCAAGUUUGGUGACAGAGUCCCUGCUGAUAUUAGGAUCAUCUCCGCCCAUGGCUUCAAGGUCGAUAACUCAUCUUUGACUGGAGAAUCUGAGCCACAGUCUAGAACUGCAGAAUUCACACACGAGAACCCUCUUGAGACAAGAAAUCUGGCGUUCUUUUCUACCAAUGCUGUAGAAGGAACUGCUCGUGGUAUUGUUGUCAAGAUUGGUGAUAAUUCCGUCAUGGGUCGUAUUGCCAAUUUGGCUUCUGGUCUUGAAGUGGGAGAAACUCCAAUUGCUAAAGAGAUUGCUCACUUCAUCCAUAUCAUCACUGGUGUGGCUGUGUUCCUUGGUGUGACCUUCUUCAUCAUCGCCUUCAUCCUGGGCUAUUUCUGGUUGGACGCUGUGAUCUUCUUGAUUGGUAUCAUUGUGGCUAAUGUCCCUGAAGGUCUGCUGGCUACUGUCACUGUAUGCUUAACCCUGACAGCCAAGCGUAUGGCCAAGAAAAAUUGUCUUGUCAAGAACUUGGAAGCCGUAGAAACUCUGGGAUCCACCUCAACCAUCUGCUCCGACAAGACCGGAACCUUGACCCAGAACCGUAUGACGGUUGCUCACAUGUGGUUUGAUGGAAGAAUCAUUGAGGCAGACACCAGCGAUGACCAGUCCAAUGCUUCCUACUCACGCACUGAUCCCACCUGGAUGAGCCUUGCCCGUAUUAGUAUGCUGUGUAACCGUGCUGAGUUCAAGGUUGGACAGGAAAAUGUUCCAGUUCUUAAAAGGGAAUGUAACGGUGAUGCCUCAGAGUCUGCCCUACUUAAAUGUGUUGAGCUGUCUAUUGGAAAUGUGACAGAAUUCAGACGUCGCAACAAAAAGAUUGUCGAAAUUCCAUUUAAUUCCACUAACAAAUAUCAGGUAUCUAUCCAUGAGACAGAAGACCCCAAUGACCCCAGGUAUUUGCUGGUCAUGAAAGGUGCUCCAGAGAGAAUCAUGGACCGUUGCUCUUCCAUACUUAUGCACGGAAAAGACCAGCCUUUGGACGAUAACUUUAGGGAAGCUUUCAACUCUGCAUAUUUGGAGCUUGGAGGUCUUGGAGAGAGAGUCUUGGGAUUCUGUGAUUACCUUCUACCUGCUGCUGAGUACCCACCCAACUACGUGUUUGACCCUGAAGGUCCAAACUUCCCCAUUACUGGACUUCGAUUUGUUGGUCUCAUGUCCAUGAUUGACCCUCCCAGAGCUGCUGUACCUGAUGCUGUAGGGAAAUGCAGGAGUGCUGGCAUUAAGGUUAUCAUGGUUACUGGUGACCACCCCAUCACAGCCAAGGCCAUUGCCAAAGGUGUUGGCAUCAUCUCUGAAGGAAGCAAAACUGUUGAAGACAUUGCUGCUGAGAGAGGCAUUCCAGUCGAGGAAGUUGAUCCUAGAGAGGCUAAGGCAGCAGUCAUCCAUGGUGGUGAUCUAAGGGACAUGACUCCAGCUCAGAUUGAUGAGAUUUUAAUCAACCAUAGUGAAAUUGUAUUUGCACGUACCUCACCACAGCAGAAACUUAUCAUUGUAGAGGGCUGCCAGAGACAGGGUCAAAUUGUGGCUGUUACUGGUGAUGGUGUCAAUGACUCACCUGCUCUCAAAAAAGCUGAUAUUGGUGUUGCUAUGGGUAUUGCUGGUAGUGAUGUGAGCAAACAAGCUGCAGACAUGAUUUUACUUGACGACAACUUUGCCUCCAUUGUGACUGGUGUUGAGGAGGGUAGAUUGAUCUUCGACAACUUGAAAAAGUCAAUUGCCUACACACUGACCUCCAAUAUUCCUGAGAUCUCACCAUUCUUGCUGUUCAUCCUUGCUGAUAUUCCUCUUCCUCUGGGUACCAUCACCAUCUUGUGUAUUGAUCUUGGAACUGACAUGGUCCCUGCUAUCUCUUUGGCUUAUGAACAGGCUGAACUCGACAUCAUGAAGAGAUUACCUCGUAACCCACUUAAAGAUAAACUUGUCAAUGACAGACUGAUUAGUAUGGCCUAUGGUCAGAUUGGUAUGAUCCAAGCCACUGCUGGCUUCUUCACCUAUUUUGUUAUCAUGGGUGAAAAUGGAUUUUGGAUGAGCCGUCUUCUGGGCAUUCGUAAGGAGUGGGAUUCCCUUGGUAUCAACGAUUUAGAAGAUUCCUACGGACAAGAAUGGACUUACUCUCAACGCAAGAAGCUUGAGUACACCUGCCACACAGCUUUCUUUGUGUCCAUUGUAAUUGUCCAGUGGGCUGAUUUAAUCAUCUGCAAGACCAGACGUCUUUCACUUUUCCAACAGGGAAUGAAAAAUCACCGUCUUACUUUUGGUCUGUUCUUUGAAACUGCUCUGGCUGCUUUCUUGUGCUAUUGCCCUGGACUGGACAAAGGUCUACGUAUGCAACCUCUCAGAUUCACAUGGUGGUUGGUUGCCCUCCCCUACAGUUUGGCUAUUUUCAUCUACGACGAGGUCCGCAAAUUUAUACUUAGAAGACAUCCAGGAGGUUUUGUGGAAAGAGAAACUUACUAUUAAAUUAAGUGAAGAUGAGUCACGAAAACAAUUAGUUUGCACCUGCAAUGUAGGUCAUAGGUCAUUUUUAGUGCAUAAAAAUAUGUUUGAAGUAUGUGCAAACUGACCACUAGCAAAUUUGAUGUGUUUGAAUGUAUUUUUGUAUAACAAAGUUAAGUGUGGUUAGUGAAUGUUUGAUGAAAGACUUCAGUUGUGUACAAGUAUUGCUUGAUAUUUUGAAAAUGACAUUUUAUUUUUACAUGAUUAAAAUACUUAAAAGUUAGUGAUAUUUUCCAGUUUAUUUGUAGAGUUGUGGCCCAUGUUGUCCUAUUUAAAGUGGACAGAUUUGCUUUUCUAUUAGCAGUAUGAAAUCACUACUAGGAGUGUCAAACAUCACACUAGAUAGACAUGAAUGUUGCUUUUGUUGGUGUAGAUUGUUUUUAAAAUUAUUAUCCUCGUGAUUUGGUGAUGUAACUUAUGGCUGAUCCAAGUUUCUUAAAUAGGAUGUUUUGUGUGGCCAGAUAAAAAUAUAGUUGUGUGGCCAAAGGUCAGAAAAAACAAACCAAAGAGUUUAUUUCCAGUUGACCUGAAGUCCUAAAUUGAAUUUGGAAACCAAUUUUAAUAACUGGAGCGUGCAUGUUGUUUUUUCUUGGACCAAUUUUUCUUACCUAGAAUUCAGUAGGCUUGGACAGUGUCCAAAGUUAAGGUUGGCCAAGCAGAAUCUCUGUACCUGCCCAGGUGUAGGUUUGAGGGGUGAAUCUGUCCCAUGAAAAAAAACUUCACCAUUUUGUGUAUGAUGUAAAAACUAUUUUUUAACUGUUCAAACUGUAUUAUAUUGCAAUUAGUCGUUGUGAGAAACAGAAUUUUUGAAAAUGAAAAUUCUGUUCUAUCAUUUGUUUUGUCUUGUAGUUUCAUCGAACUAUAAUCAGGAUCUUAUUUUUUUGGGAUUCAACCCCUGCCCCCCUCUACAUUUCCCCUUUUUUUAAACUAAAAAAAAUGUCCCACACAUUACCGCACAGUGUAUUUGUGUGGUUGAUUCUGGUCUAAAAUGUAAAUAUUUUUAAAGCUGCGGAACUCUAUGAGGGGUAUAUCACAUUGGUUUCCCUUUACGGCCGGGUAUUGUAUUUACAUUGUAAAUCACUAUCCCCAAUGUGGAAUGGACCAGAAUAAUGCAUUUGAAAACUUGCUGGCCUGCUGGCAAAGAAUCUUCACCGUUUUUAUUUGUUUUUAGUCAUUUGACGAAAAAAAAAGGCAUUUAUAGCUUUAUGUGUAGCUGAUAGCUUUCCUCCCAACAUUCCAAAUCUCUGUUUUUCUACCCCGUGUACUUUGAAUCUCCCAAAUCUAAUUUUUGCACUAAAACCCGAAUGGGGCAGAAAAAACUUUGUUUCGAUUUUGCUGGAGGAAACUGUGAUACAUCGUUCAUGUACUGUAGUGUUUUUUUUUAACAACUGUCAGAAGUUUUUUUUUCUCCAUUUUUUAAUGCCACUUAUUCGAAUAAAGAUCAUACUAUUCACAGUA